AUGUCAAAUAAUACUGCCAAGGCUACUGCUGAAUUCAUUAUGAACGAAUUCAUUAUGAUACAUGGUGCAGCUGAACGAUUUAUUACAGAUAGUGGUGUACAUUUUAAGAAAACACUAAUGAAGACGAUUACCACAAUGAUGAAUAGUACUCAUGCAUUUUCAGCUUCGUACCAUCCGCAAACGAAUGGUCAGAUGGAGCGCUUCAAUGCUACCUUUUGUACACAGCUGGGAAAGUAUUAUGAUGAGAACGAAGAUGAUUGGGAUGAUUAUCUUCAAUCGGUUGUUUAUGCCUACAAUACCGGCAUUCAUGCUACAACUGGCUUUGUUCCGUACGAACUUGCAUUUGGUCGAAGACAAAAGAGUUCAUUCGAUUCCAGCUCAAACAACUUCACUUUAACUCAACCGGAUACGUUUUUUAAACAUUUACAAAAAACACGGCGAACAAUUCUUAAAUAA